AUGAAGUGUGAUGAGAAAUCGAAACCUGACAAGAAAAAGAAACGCGGUACCGUAUCGGUUCCGGUACUGCCACAGAUUAAUCUGGAUGCGUACGAUCUCCCGCACGUCAAUGAUUCGGAGGGCGACCUACCGCAAGGUAACGAUACCGACAGUGAGGUGAAUGACGAUACGGAUGAUGUGCUCGAUACGGAAAAUCUUACCACGGGUGUUUCCGCCCUACGGAAAAGCCGGCCACUGUGGGAUGAGAAAUCGAAAUCUGUCAAGAAAAAGAAACGGGGUACCGUAUCGGUUCCGGUACUGCCACAGAUUAAUCUGGAUGCGUACGAUCUCCCGCACGUCAAUGAUUCGGAGGGCGACCUACCGGAAGGUAACGAUACCGACAGUGAGGUGAAUGACGAUACGGAUGAUGUGCUCGAUACGGAAAAUCUUACCACGGGUGUUUCCGCCCUACGGAAAAGCCGGCCACUGUGGGAUGAGAAAUCGAAAUCUGUCAAGAAAAAGAAACGGGGUACCGUAUCGGUUCCGGUACUGCCACAGAUUAAUCUGGAUGCGUACGAUCUCCCGCACGUCAAUGAUUCGGAGGGCGACCUACCGGAAGGUAACGAUACCGACAGUGAGGUGAAUGACGAUACGGAUGAUGUGCUCGAUACGGAAAAUCUUACCACGGGUGUUUCCGCCCUACGGAAAAGCCGGCCACUGUGGGUGCUCCCUCUCUACUCGAUGCUUUCGCCGGAAAAGCAGCAAACGAUCGAAUGA